CACUCUUCCCACUGCACUCUCCCUUCUCUCCCUCUCUCUCUCUAGCUCACCAAUGGCACGAUGGCCCCCCUUACUGUCUCUCCUCCUCCUCCUUCUCUCCUCCCCCACCUCCUCUCUCUCUCCUCCCACCAGCACCACCAGCACCACUAUCUCCCCAACCCAAUCCCCCUCCUCAUCUCCAUCCCCACCCUCCACCCCCUCAUCCUCCUCCUCCUCAACCCUUGACCCAAAACAACUCAGAGCCCUCCAAUCCCUCAACGUCCCCACCUCCACCGACCCCUGCUCUCAACCACCCUCCCUCCACAGCGCCACCGUCUGCGACGCCGCCAAACCGUUCCGCCACCUCCUCUCCCUCCGGCUCUCCAACUGCUCCGCCGACCUCUCUCUCUCCAUCACCGCCCUCUCUUCUCUCUCCUCCCUCACCUCCUUCCAAUUCAUCAACUGCCCCACCGCCCCCGUCCGCUUCCCCUCCUCUCUCUCCACCAACCUCCGCUCCUUCACCUGCCUCAACAGCCUCCGCAAACUCACCGGCGUUUGGCUCAGCCGCUUCCCAAAUCUCACCGAUUUAACCGUCUCUGGAGUCACAAUCAACGCCAGUGGACCAUCAAUCAUACUCGGAAACAUGAAAAAGCUCGAAUCUUUGACUAUUUCUCGAGCAAAUCUAACUGGGUUUUUGCCAAAACACUGGCAUUUGAACCUUACCCACAUUGAUUUGUCUGCUAAUUUGCUCAGAGGAAAAAUUCCCAGUUCGUUAACUCUCCUCGAAAACCUUCAAUCCUUGAAUCUAUCUUCAAAUGGGCUCAAUGGAGAGAUACCCAGUUCAAUUGGGGACUUGUUGUCUCUCCAAAACGUUUCUCUCUCAUCGAAUUCUCUCUCUGGUUCGAUUCCAGAUUCAAUGGCGGCUAUACCUGGAUUGGUUAAUCUCGAUCUGGGUUCGAAUCAACUCAAUGGGACAAUCCCAAAAUUCAUUGCAGAUAUGAGAGAUUUGAAAUACUUGAAUCUUGAGAAGAACAAUUUCAAUGGUGUAAUGCCAUUCAAUGCCUCGUUCAUAAAGAGAUUGGUUGUGUUCAAGAUUGGUAGCAAUAUCAAUCUCUGUUACAAUCAUUCAACAAUCUCUCCCAAAGUGAAGCUUGGGAUUGCACCUUGUGACAAGCAUGGGCUGCCUCUCUCUCCGCCGCCGUCCAAGGACUCCGGUGGUGGUGGUGGUGGUGGUGGUGAUAGUAUUGGCGGUAAUAGUCCGGUGGAUGAUUACAGUCUUGGUGAUGAAAGUAAUAGUAAGAGCAAGCAACACACUCAUGGACCAAGUAAGGUUGUUCUUGGUGUAGCAAUUGGGCUUUCUUCAGUAGUCUUUCUCAUUAUUUUCUUGGUGCUAAUCUCAAAAUGUUGCAGAUGAAGAAGAAAAAAAAAAGGAUUGUUGGUUCAUUUUAGAUUAGAGUAAAAUUGUUAACUGGAAAGUUGAAUUGAAUUUCUUUUAAUUUAUUAUACAUUUUAAUCAUGAAGAAGAGUAAUUGAAGGGGGAGAGAGAGGAGAGAAAAUUGUUGUGAUUGGUGUUUUUUUUUUUUUUUUCCAAGCUCUUUUUUGAUGUUUUGGUGGGGGAAGAAAGCUCUCUGUUUUCCACUUGUUUGUGGGGGUGUAUGAUUAGCUGCUGUGGAGGAGAAAAGUGUUUUGAUUUCAUGUGGUAACUUGAUUUGUUAUAUACUAUGUAUAUGUGCUUCUGUUUUUCUUAAUUUCAGCCUCUCCCUGUGUUCAUGUCUU